AUGAGGCCACACAGGGUCCUCGCUGGAUGCCGCAGCGCCGCCGCCCACCUCCUCACCGCCCGUCCGCCGCCGCCGCCACCUCAGCGCCGUCAUGCCCUCCUCCUCCUUCUUCCACCCCGUGCCUCCCUGUCAUCAUCCUCCUCGCCUGGUUUUCUGCCUUCAGGUAAUGGGCAUCGUCUAUAUACUGGAGUUAUCUCUUGCAGAGGAAUCGAUGGUACCCAUGAGGGGCGGCGGAUGGGCGUCGGUCCGGCGCCGCCGCACGCGGUGUCCGGCGCUGCCCGCCGCCAGUCCACCUCUGCGGAGCCGUCGUCCGUCCCUGGGGACAAGACCUUCGAGCGGAUCUACAUGAAUCAGGGCAUGGCCGUGAAGCCCCUGGUGUUUGAGAGGAUUGCCGAUGACGUUGGGGUACUGGAGGAGAGGGUGGAAGAGGCGGUGCCCUCGGAGGAGGGAUCUGGAAAGGGUAGCGUGGUGGAGACGGCGGCGGCGGCGGAUGUUCUGAAGGAGAGAGAGGUUUCCGAGGUGGAGAAGGAAGCGUGGCGGCUGCUGGAGAGGGCCGUCGUGAAUUACUGCGGGUCACCGGUCGGCACUGUGGCGGCGGAUGACCCGUUGACCGCCAGCAACCUGCUGAACUACGACCAGGUCUUCAUUCGUGACUUCGUCCCGUCGGCUCUGGCAUUCCUGAUGAAGGGGGAGGGCGAGAUUGUCAGAAACUUCCUCCUCCACACCUUGCAACUACAGGUGAAUUUUUUUUUGCCCAAAUCGUAAAUUGCUUCGAUAUUAAUUGUGAUUCAGGAGAUCCAACUUUUCUUGCUUUUUUUUACCCGGAUGAUGGACCUGUUCUUUUUCGAAAAAAUUCCUACUUUGCCAAAUCUGUGGAAAUAAUUCGAUUUUCUUGGGCGGAAAUGGGUUCUCAGAAGAAAAAUAUCUCCCCAAAAAACUAGCUGGUGUUUAUGAUGGCCUGGGUUUGACUGGUUUCCAGGGUUCAAAAUAUCCUGCUCUCUGGAUGCCAUUAUGCUCUUUAUGAAUUUUACAAUUCGGAUAAAAUGCAGAACACAAAGGAGAGAUUUCAUCCCAACCUUGAAUGCCGGGUAUAACAGAUCUAGGGUCCAUAAAUUCCCAUUUUUGGUUUCCAUGUUUAACAAAAACAUUUAGGUUUUAGAUUAGAUCUUUCCUGUGUUGAUUUUACGCCCGAACAAUUGAGCAAAGAACCACGCUGUAGCUUGAGAUCUUCGGACAGAAGAUACACUGUCAACUGAUAGGUUUUCUUCCUAGUGCAAGCACUGUUCACCGCUGAAAUUUCUAAAUCUAUCCUUCAUUUCAUCUGAUUUACAGAGCUGGGAGAAGACUGUGGAUUGCUACAGCCCAGGCCAGGGGCUGAUGCCAGCGAGCUUUAAGGUCAGAACUGUGCCCCUGGAUGGAAGCAAUGAGGCGUUUGAGGAAGUCUUGGACCCGGAUUUUGGCGAGUCAGCCAUUGGACGGGUGGCUCCAGUUGACUCUGGUGAGUUGAUGAUUGAUUGCUCUAGUCAAUGAUUCGCGGACCUGCAUACAAGUCAACUGUGUUUUGACCCUACAUUGAUCUUCCACAGGUUUGUGGUGGAUCAUCCUACUGAGAGCGUAUGGCAAGAUCACCGGGGAUUAUGCACUUCAAGAAAGAGUUGAUGUCCAAACAGGGAUUAAAUUGGUCAUGAAUUUAUGUUUAUCAGAUGGCUUCGACAUGUUCCCUACACUGCUGGUGACUGAUGGGUCUUGCAUGAUCGAUCGCCGGAUGGGCAUUCAUGGGCAUCCUCUUGAAAUCCAAGUAAGUCAACUUCAAGGUUUUCCAUUUACGUCAGCCAUUAUGAAACUAUAUUCAUGAAUUGUUUCAGCUGCACCUCUUUUUGGUCAGUGUAAUUUCCUGGGCAUUGUGGCCUUCGACAGCUUUUAUGCAGGUGUCUUAGUGAAGAAAGAAAGGCUGACCAAUAAGUUUUGGUGUGAUUUCAUGUCAUAUGUAUCUUAUAGAUAUUCUUCCUACGUUGGCAUUGUUAAUUAAAAAUGGCACCGACAGGAGGGAUUUGUGUCUUUUCAGAAUUAAUGGAAAAUGCGCACAAGUUUUUGAGCUUUGAAGGGAUGAAGAAGGUUUUCCCAAAUCUUCUCCUUUGCAGACUUCAUCAGAAAACUGCAGCCUUUUCGAGUCUUCUGAUAGCAUUAGUUCCUAAAUGCGGCAUUUGCUUGAAGGGUCUCCCUGUUCUUGAGCCAGCAUGAUAUCACAGUGAAAUUAUUCGUGAAUCCCUUUUUUCCUGAGGGGGCAGUGAGAUUCUUUUAGCUCGUUAAUUGGGGUUUCGCGCAUUUUUAUUUAUUUUUAAAUUCCGAUCAACUGGGCAUCUAGUUUAGUUAAAUGCUUCUUUAGUGCCGACUUAUAUAUUUAACUAUGACCCAAGAGAAAUCUCCCAUGCAUUCAAUAACACACCCUCUGAUUUUUUUCUCUUUAUGGCGAAGAAGAUGAACUGAUGGGUCUGUUCCUCAGGCACUGUUCUACUCGGCCCUGAGGUUCUCUCGGGAGAUGCUGACCAUCAACGAUGGGUCAAGGAAUCUGAUCCGGGCCAUCAGCAACCGGCUCAGCGCGCUGUCUUUCCAUAUCAGGGAAUAUUACUGGGUAGACAUGAAGAAGAUCAAUGAGAUAUACCGGUACAAGACGGAGGAGUACUCCCACGACGCCAUCAAUAAGUUCAACAUCUACCCCGAUCAGAUCCCCUCGUGGCUGGUGGACUGGGUCCCCGACAAGGCUGGCUACCUGAUUGGCAACCUCCAGCCGGCUCACAUGGACUUCAGGUUCUUCUCUCUGGGGAAUCUCUGGGCGAUCAUUUCCUCCCUGGCCACCCCGAAGCAGGCAGAGAGCAUCCUCAACCUCUUCGAGGAGAAAUGGGAUGAUUUGAUUGGGAAGAUGCCCCUCAAGAUUUGCUUCCCCGCCUUGGAAUAUGAUGAGUGGCGGAUAAUCACCGGUAGCGACCCGAAGAAUACGUGAGCCUCUUCUCACCUGGUCUUAUCUCGUUAGUAUUUUGCUAUUCUGGAUCGAUGGAGAGACACAUAACUCCUCACUCGUCUACCUUCUGCUUCAUCUUACGAAGAUUUCAUCAUUUCAAUGCAUCACGAUUUUAUUCGUGUAAUUAAUGAGUUAUGAGAUCGUCAUCAAUAUUUGGCAGCAACUUAUGAUAUGAGUUUUGUUAAUUAUAUGAGAUCGGAUGAGUUUCUGCGGCACCAAUUAUUCCGAAGAAUUGUAAGCUCACCGAAGGGAUCUCUCCUAAUUUGCAGGCCCUGGUCUUACCACAACGGCGGAUCUUGGCCCACUCUUCUCUGGCAGGUAUGAGACUACUUCAAUCCAUGCCAGCCGAAUCAAUGGGGGCUCUUCAAAGCCGCAAUCUUCAUUAAUUUCUUCAUUCAUGGUGUCGCAGUUCACUCUGGCUUGUAUCAAGAUGGGCCGGCCAGAGCUGGCCCAGCGGGCAGUGGCGGCGGCUGAGAGGCGGCUCUCCGACGACCAGUGGCCGGAGUACUAUGACACACGGACGGGGAGAUUCAUUGGUAAGCAAUCCCGGCUUUUCCAGACGUGGACCAUAGCCGGCUUCCUCACCUCCAAGAUGCUGCUGGAGAGACCGGAGAUGGCCUCAAUUCUGAGCUGUGAGGAGGACCUCGAUCUUCUGGAGGGCUGCGCUUGCAGCUUGAACAAGGGCGGGCGGAAACGGUGCUCCCGGAUUGCCGCCAGGUCCCAGAUCCUCGUCUAA